AUGCCAGCCACCCAUUUCCCAACCCCAUAAUGGUAUUUAUUCUCCAAGAAGGUUUCAAAGCUCCCAAGGAAACCGACUACCUUCCAUGUGACAUAGAGGAUUUUCUAUUCCUAUAGCAACCAAAGCAAUCAUGUCAAUGCAUGUUCUAUUUCUUGUAACGAGCGCUCUUGGAUUCAUGACCCUCUCAAAGGUCCUCCUAUCAUUUUGUACAUGGGUUUGGGUAACAUUCCUGAGACCCUCCAAGAAUCUCAAGGCCUACGGAUCAUGGGCCAUGGUCACAGGGUCCACUGAUGGAAUUGGGAAGGCCCUUGCAUUUGAGCUAGCAUCCCAGGGCCUCAAUUUGAUCUUGGUGGGUAGAAGUCCUACCAAACUCAAAGAUACCACCAAUUACUUACAUGAAAGAUAUGGUUGUCGGGUGAUGGUGAAGAGUGUGGUUAUUGACUUCUCAAAUGACCCUUUGGAUGUGAUAUAUGAAAAGAUCAAGCAAGGGAUUGAUGGUUUGGAUGUUGGGAUCUUGGUUAACAAUGUGGGGAUGACGUAUCCAUGGCCCAGGUACAUUCAUGAAGUUGCUUCUACGAUGAUAGAUGAUGUUCUCAAGGUAAAUUUGAAGGGUACCACUUGGGUCACAAGGGCUGUGCUCCCUUUGAUGCUUAAGAAGAAGAAAGGCGCUAUUAUCAACGUGGGGUCGGGCUCGACGGGGAUUCUUCCAUCAUUUCCACUCUAUGCUAUCUAUUCAUCAACAAAGGCGUACAUUUAUGAAUUUUCUAGAAGCCUUCAUGUGGAAUACAAGCAACAUGGGAUCGAUGUUCAAUGCCAGAUUCCGCUAUUGGUGCGGACGAAGAUGGUACCCCUACGGUUGUCUUCCUUCUUCAUACCAACGCCAGAGGUAUACAGCAGAGCGUGCAUGCGGUGGAUUGGGUACGAGCCUUUCAGUGUGCCUUAUUGGCGGCAUUCCUUACAAGCAACUAUACUACGUGCAUUACCUGAGGCAUGCAUUGCCCAGUACCUUCUAAGAUUCUUCUUUAAGAUGCAUAAGAUUGAAGAAAAGAGGCUCAAAAAAGAAGAAGACAUGAAAAAAGACUCCCAAAUGCUUUACAAGCAAAUGCACAAUGGGACUGCCAGAUAGAUCGCACUGCCUUUAUUUCAAUCCGGGCCUAUCUUCCCCACGAAUUUAGAACCACAAGUAUCUGAUAUUAAGAUUGUUGAGACGGUCAGUUCUCCAAGUAUUUUGAAGUUGUACUUGCAGAGAUACAUAUAUUCACUUUUAUUAUUUUUUAGGCAGAACCUCAA